ACUUCAACCGAUGGGAACACAACUAGCAGUAUUCUCACCUUCGUGCCAGCCAUAGAAGACGCGGGCAGGGUUAUAUCCUGCCGAGUUAUCCAGCCUACACUGCCCCAUUCGGCACAUGAGGACGGGUGGAAGAUGGAAAUUCAGCACCUGCCGGUUGCAAAACUGGAGCUGGGCGCAAAUCUGGACGCAAGUAAAGUCGUGGAAGGUUCGGACGUGUACCUCGACUGCAGAGUACGUGCUAAUCCCUGGCAUAACCAUGUCUACUUCAGCCAUAACGGUGUAACAGUGAAACCUGGUCCUGGAGUACUUCUGGCCAAUCAGAGCUUAGUCCUCCAGCGCGUGUCCCGAAAAGCAGCUGGCGCUUACGUUUGCACAGCUAGGAACAGUUUGGGAGAAGGAUCUAGUGAACGCCUCAUUUUAGACGUUAAGUACGCGCCCACAUGCAAAUCAACACAGCCUACAGCAAUGAGAGCAGCAAGGGGCGAAGCGGUAGACAUCGAGUGUGACUUGGACGCUAACCCUAAG